AUGGCUUCCUCUGCCAUCUUCUUCUUCGCUUUCUUCCUCGGCCUCUCUCUCCAUGCAAUCGCCGAUAACCUUAACGACUUAUGUUCAAUGGGGUCUUGUCGUCCCAGCGGACCUGAGAUUCGCUUUCCUUUUUGGAUAAGAGGCGUCCAACCUGAGCGAUGCGGCUAUCCGGGCUUCGAUCUCUCGUGCAACGACCUAAGCCAAGCGAUCCUCCAAUUGCCUGACUCGCAAGACUUCGUAGUCAGCAAAAUCAGUUAUGAGAAACAAUAUGUCGUGCUCAAGGACCCGAGCAACUGUCUGGCCAAGCGGCUUCAAAACCCAAAGUUUUCAAGCUCGAUUUUCAUUGCGCAAGGGUAUGGGAGCUUCAUGUUCGCAGACUGCCCGAAUAUAUUUUUGCCGGAAUUCGGACUCAGGCCCAUGAGCUGCCUCAGCGACGAACAACACAAGGUGCCGCUUGGUUAUGGCGAUAAUCCCAACCGGUCGUACCUCGAGAGAUUCGGUUGUCGUACUUGGACCGUGAAGGUUCCGGUGGCCCUGCAAUAUCCGAAGGAUAUAACCGAGAGCGUAACCCUGGAGUGGAAUCAGCCGGAUUGUAGAUCGUGCGAGGGAAGUGGUGGGAGGUGCGGGCUCAAUGGUUACACGGGCUCUCAAGCUGCAUGCUUCCGUAAACCUGGGCUUUCAAAGGGUGGGGCCAAGUGGGGCCAAGUGGGCUCACUAAAACUUGAGAAGGCAAUUCCUGAUGCCAUUUAA